CACACGCGGCCCCUCCUCCGUCGGGCUGCGGGCGCUGCGGGCGCUGCGGGUGCGAGCGGCUCCGGCACCGGCAUGGGCGUGCAUGUGGAGACCAUCGCCCCCGGCGACGGGCGGACGUUCCCCAAGCGCGGCCAGACCUGCGUGGUGCACUACACGGGUAUGCUGGAGGAUGGGAAGAAGUUUGAUUCCUCCCGCGACAGGAACAAGCCGUUCAAGUUUGUGAUGGGCAAGCAGGAGGUGAUCCGUGGCUGGGAGGAAGGAGUCGCUCAGAUGAGCGUUGGUCAGCGGGCAAAGAUGACCAUCUCCCCAGAUUACGCUUAUGGUUCCACUGGCCACCCAGGGAUCAUCCCACCAAACGCCACUCUAAUUUUUGACGUGGAGCUCAUGAAAUUGGAAUGACCCAUCCCAGCACCCUGUCCUUGGGUUUGGCACAUGGAGGAAUCCAGAAUCUCAGCUUCAAGAAGAGUGCACAUGACUUUGUACGGAGCUUUUCCUGAUAGUCCACUACACUCAUUGUAUAACCUUACACCUUGAUUGAAUGCCUUUGGUCACUAAGCUUUGCGUCUGACUCUUCCUCCUUGUAUCGUGUUUUUAUGUCUUUUUAAACUAUACGCCGUAAACCUCAACUCUUUUUGGGUCAAGUUCUUAAUCUUAUUUUUGUUCCAGGUGUAGACUAUGUUUUCCCAGUAGCACGCAGAUGGGCUGACCUUAGAUAGGAGUCAUUUGAACAAAAGGAAUCCUGUUAGUUACUCGUUUUGGUGCAGAUUUAUGGUGUUUUCAAACCAGAAAUUGCUGCUGCUGCAAAAAGCCAUAGCAGAGUGAGGUUGUUGAGGCUGAAGGGAUGCAGAGAGCAAGGUAGCACUAGGAUUGUUUAUAGGAAUUCUGCCUAGAAUGGGACAGUGAGGGAGCCUGGCCUUUCCCUACUCCCUAGGAAGCAUCACUGCGGGCAUUGUGGGUUUGCUCUGGGGAAGGAGGGCUGCUCUGCCACUGCUUCACCCUGCCAUCUCACAGUGGGCCUGCCUUCCUCUCCAGACUGCUUUUGGAUUUAGGGAGUUCGGUUUCCACCAGAGCUCUGCCACACCCUGAAAUUCCUGUAGCAUGGAGCUUUCUUUUAAGAAAAAGGAAAACUGGACAAAGGGAAAGUGCUGUCUGCAGGGGAGGUGGUGGGGGCCCAACUCAACAAAAACACCUCUGUCCUCCUUCCCCGUGGAAAGGAACCAUCAGCCCCCUGUUGUCCCUGCUCUGAGCGUACCUGCCCAUUCUCUCCUGCCACCUGAUGCUGGUCAUCGCUGCUUGCCUGGUCUCACAGGAUGCAUAGCUGUCCCCUGUGCCCCCUCCCUCUGCCCUGCCCAGUCCACUGGUAACAGAAAUCCCCGCCGGUCACUUCCUUCUCCGCCGCACAAAGGCAUCCAGUUUAUUAUCGCAAUAAAAACGCUUUAUGCUGGCUUUUCUCA